AUGACAACAACAACAACAACACCUAUUGACUCUGGGAAAAUUUCAGAAAUGCUUAAAAAGUCUUCACAGAAACAUCGAAUGGACGCCAAGACAAUUAAUUCUCUGAGGGGUAAAGUUUCAGAACAGGAAGCGUUGAUUAAAAAUUUGGAAUUGGAAUUGGACUCACUGAAAAUGACGUCAUCAUCAUCAUCAUUUUUAUCAACUACUACUACCACUACUACUACUACUACUUCAAAAGUGGACCCGGAUUUAGAAAUGGAUUGUUGCAAACAAAGUGAAAUCUCAAAAUUGGAUAAAAAAGAUAAGCCAAUAAAAUGUGAGACUGACUUAAUGGAACAACCAAUCAAAAAUGAGAAUGAAAGAACAAUAGAGUUUUGUGAUGAGGGAGGGAAAAAUAAAAUCAAAGAUAAUGACGAUGAUGAUAGCGAUGAUAGUGACUGUCUAGAGACGGAUUAUUUAAGUAUUAGAAAUUACAAAAACAUGGAAAUCAUCCACGUAGAUGAGUCUUCGGGUCAGUAUCAAUCUGAAAUAGAUUCAACUGGAGCGACAAAUUUUGAUGAACUUUCAUCAAAAAAUUUCUGUAAAAUGGACGAUAGACAUGCAAAAAAAUUGACAUUCAAUGAAAACACGGCUGCUAGAUCGGUAGACCGGAAUAAAAUUUCGAAAGCACAGGCACAAAAUUCUAUUCCCUGUCAGUCGAUAAAUGAUGCGGACGUCGUCCCGUCGAAAUUAUUUGACAAAGUGCUCACCCAGAACAAAUAUCUGAAUAAAUGUGUGAGAGACCUCCUCAUUAAAGAUGGCAAGACCAUGCAAGAAUACUUGGACAAUUUAUUUUUGAAAGAUUUACUGAAAGGAAAAGAUUUCGAGAUCAAGAUGCUGAAGGGAGAUGUCUUACUCUUAAAGGAGCAACUGAGGAGCUGCAAAUGCGUGAGCGAAUGA